AUGGUAGACCCCAAUUCUUCGCGCGGAGCGUCGCUCUACAGUUUCUUCAUUGCAUGUGCAGCCUUCACCAGUUGCUUCAACCUACCGGUAUUUCUACAAACGCUGGACGGUCAGAACCACCAUAGUUCUGAGUCUGAGUACCCAAAACUUUCCAACGAGAGCGGCUACUAUGACGCAGACCUUGUCUAUAUCAUCAUUUUCACCCCGGAACUACUCGUUCGCCUCGUCAUUUGGCCAUCUUUGGGGCGCGAACAUGAAUACCUCACCGAGCGACGUCUGAAGCCAUUUCUACGCGCCUUUUUUAACUGGUUCGAUGUCGCUGCCAUCGUCCCAUUCUACACCGACCUCAUCUUCGUACUCCGACGAAAGGCAACGUGGCAAGCCGGCUUCGCUGUCAUGAUUAUCAUGUCUGGUACGCUCUUCUUGUCCAUGUCUCUCGCUAUUAUCGGUACAGAGUUCGAUCGCGCUUGGAAGCAGCACGCAGAGAGUGUCAAGAAGUUCCAGCAACUUCAAUCAGGGUGCCGUGGCGAGGGACUAUAA